AUGGGGUGGACUUCUUGUUUCAGAAAACCUAGCCCAAAUCAAACCAAGAGUCCGCCACCCGAGAAUCUGAUAAACAUCACUGGUAUCCCCAAGGAUGUACUGUAUGAAGAGCUCCUGAAAGUCCUCAAACCCAUCAUUAUGAAGGAUAGAGAGACAGAGGAGUUUCUCAACAGACACCCCAUACUCUUGCGGUUCAUUAUUGACAAACCCCUAAACUAUGCGGUAAAAAAGUAUAUCAAGCCGCAAGUCUAUUUGGACCCCUCUGGCCUGGGAAAGCACUGCGACGCCAAUAUCAUCAUCGAGACUGUUCAGAAGCUGCGCGAUAAAUAUCCGCUUAACCCUACUGCUUAA